AUGGCCGUCUCUACGGUUCGACGAGUACUGGGCUCGAUUUCCAAGUCCCAGCGCUUUGAUCUCAUCCGGACAAUGCUACAGACACUAUUUUGCUUACUGCGUAUCGUUAUCUCAUUCUUGCUGUUGCCACUGGAUAACGCCGUCCUUCUCGGGACGUACUUUGGUCAUUACCUCACCCUGCUUCGAUUAGCCGUGCACCGUCGUCGACAGGCGAUUCCUCGCGAGACUGAAUUCCGUCGGAAAACCGUUCUCAUCGCCGGUGUUAAUUCGUUACAUGGAUUGGCUGUUGCUCGGCGCUGGUAUUAUGAGGGGCAUCGGGUGAUCGGGGCGGAUAUGAUGGAUUCGCCGGUUCGGUCGGGAGAAAGCAUGUCCAAAUCGCUAUCUGCGUUUUACAAUGUUGACAAGACACAGUAUGUCUCGCAGUUGGUUGAUAUUGUGCAUAAAGAAAAGGUGGAUGUGUGGAUCCCCUGUUUGGAGCAGGUGGAUACCAUGGAUGACGCGGUUGCGAAGAAUGUCAUCGAGAGUCGGACUGAAUGUCGCUGUGUCCAGCUGGAUCCGGAACUGGCGAGUCGGCUUGGUUCGCCGGAGUCGUUGAGACAGUACCUCGUCGAGAGGGACUUGCCUGUUGUUGAGAACCAUCAGGUGCAGUCACGGGAUUCGGUUCAUAAGAUUCUGCAUCGGUCGCCUAGUAAGGCGUAUCUGAUGCGGAAGGCGCGUGGUCAGGAUAGCAGGCCUGUUAUGCUGCCGCAGAGGACGCUUAGCAUGACAUAUCACGAGGUCAGCGAGAUCCAGAUUAACAAGGACAAUCCGUGGAUACUGCAGCAGCAGACUCGGCUGGGAGAGUUUAUUGCGGAAAUCCUCGUCGUCCGUGGACAGGUCAAGGCUAUCAAGGUCCGGCCUGGAGAUCUACAGUCUGCAUGGGGCGCUUCUCGACUGGAUCAGGGAUUGGCUAUAUCCAUUCAUCGACUUAUGGAUCGGUUUGCGAUGAAGGGCGGAUCUCGUCUGACCGGACACCUUGCUGUUCACCUAAUGGUGGACGAGGAGUUCGAUGCAAACUCCGUCCGACAUGUCCUGCACAUCGCGCACUGCACGCAGGGUGCCGCUUCUGUCAAGACACUACUCCAGGGCCCAUCAUCCGACAUAGUCUCUGGCUAUCUAUCCGUCCUCACAUCGCAAGCCACCGAAGCCUCCGGACAACUAAGCGAAACCCCAUUCGACGAUGUCAAAUCUACCAUCGCAGCCACAGACAGAGCAAAGGAGUCCAGCGCAAACACUCUGAAGAAGAUCCUAUCCCCAACCUUCCUCAUCCGACAAGCAAAAGAAGCUGCCUGGGAGAUCUGCCAUGUACCUUUCUGGAAAGACCCGCGCUUCUCCUACUCCGAUCCGUUUCCGUGGUGGUGGCAUACACAUGUCUACACGCCGCUUCGAGAAAUUGGGGUGGCUUUGUAUCGAACGCCGUUGAAGGAUUGA